AAAUCCUGUAUGAAUGUGGAAGCCAUUAAGAGAGUAAUUGCUGUCUGUUACCAUGACAACCAGCCGCUGCAGUCACCUGCCCGAAGUCUUACCAGACUGCACCAGCUCAGCUGCUCCCAUGGUAAAGACCGUGGAGGACUGUAGCAGCCUUGUGAAUGGACAGCCGCAGUAUGUCAUGCAAGUUUCGGCCAAGGACGGGCAGCUGCUGUCAACGGUAGUACGGACUCUUGCUACACAGAGUCCUUUCAAUGAUAGACCAAUGUGUAGGAUUUGCCAUGAAGGCAGCAGUCAAGAGGACUUGCUUUCACCCUGUGAAUGUACAGGGACCCUGGGAACUAUUCAUCGCAGCUGCCUUGAGCACUGGCUGUCAUCCUCAAAUACCACUUACUGUGAACUCUGCCACUUCAGGUUUUCAGUAGAGCGCAAACCCAGGCCGUUGGUCGAGUGGCUAAGAAACCCAGGCCCACAGCACGAGAAACGGACACUAUUUGGGGAUAUGGUGUGCUUCUUGUUUAUAACUCCACUGGCUACCAUCUCUGGCUGGUUGUGUCUGCGGGGAGCAGUGGACCAUCUGCACUUUAGUAGUAGACUAGAAGCCGUUGGCCUCAUUGCACUCACUGUCGCACUCUUCACAAUUUACCUCUUUUGGACAUUAGUAUCAUUUAGGUAUCACUGUAGAUUGUACAAUGAAUGGCGUCGGACCAAUCAAAGAGUUAUACUUCUCAUCCCAAAGUCUGCCGGCAUCCCUUCAAACCAGCAGUCCUUGCUGGGUCUGCAAUCGGUCAAAAGGAACUCAAAAGAGACAAUCGUAUAAUUGUGCUACUCCCACACUGGGGCCAUGAACUACAUAAGGGAGGGGCUGACUCCACCCCAACAUUGGUAGUAUAAUAUUCUGGAAGACAGAGUCAAGACGACUUGACUGUUGCAAUUGAAAUCAUGGACGUUGUAAUCAUAUAUUUGCUAAAAUGCCAAACAUGUUUAAAAAUUUAGCAGAUACUAUAUGACAUUCUCCAAUACCAUGUUGAUAGCUGCAUCACUAGGAAUGCAACCCUUUUUUAUUGUUGUUUAAAGAUAUUAAACUAUGAUGGUUAAACAAUGCAAAA